GGACUGGAGAGGAGACAAGCCUCUCUGGGUAUGACAAACAGGACAGUAUAUGCUUAAUAGCACACCAGAAGAGGACUCAUUUUGUGCAGAAAUCUGACCUGAGAACAGCUGUGGAGCCAUUUGUUGCAGUAUCUUCUGCACUGAAAAUGGUUGGCAGUUUAAGGCAUGCACAAACACGCAUCUUGUACAAAUUCCAAUGAAUCAAGGGGUCACAGUUUCAUGAGUGCCCUGAAUACAUCUGCAUCCUUUGUGAUGACGAUAGCGUGGUUUGUUGUGGCAUUGUUCUGCCCUGGUCCUCUGAGAGCCCAGCUUGGCACUACCCCCAACAUCAAACACAUUGUAGUUGGACGGUGUUACAAUUACAUCACACUGGUCAACCCCAGCUUGAGGCAUGAUUGCGAGGACAUCUGGAGACAUUUUGAGAAGGCGGUUUUCCGUCAGUCUUUUUGUAAUGUGACUGUGGAGGAUUAUCACAAGAUGUUUUUCGCCAUGCCACAAACCUGGCCUUGUGAUAGGUCUCUGUUCUGGAGUAAAACCAGGACGCUGAUGCACAGCUAUGCAGCUGUUGCUCCUGAGUUUUGGACUCUGGAGGACACAUUGGUCGGCUACAUGUUCAAUGACCUCAUCUGGUGUGGACAAGAGGAGGACUCAGGUUUUGAUUUCAGCUCUUGUCCGGAGUGGUCGGCAUGUAGUGAUCAUCCGGUGUAUUCCUUGUGGAGGCAAGCAUCACAAAAUUUUGCAGAAAUGGCGUGUGGAAACAUCACUGUGUUACUCAACGGAUCAAUUGCUAACGCCUUCAACAAGAAAAGUAUGUUUGGAAGUGUUGAACUGGACAGUCUGAGCCCUCAAAGGGUGGAUCAUGUCAACAUAAAGGUGGUGGCCAAUCUGGAGGGACCCUUUAUAGAAUCAUGCACUGAAGGAUCCAUUGUAGACCUGAUCCAGAUCCUUCAGUCCAGAGGUUUCCGCUGGACUUGCACAGACAACGACCAGAUCCUGAUGAUCCUCCAGUGCAUCAAGAACCCUGAACAGUCGUCCUGCCAAACAUGUGUGAACAGCCUCAUACACAGAAAGAGCCCCACAUUUAACUGAAUCACGCACACAUGUGUUGCAUGUAUUUUGAUGAUUAUUUUGUUGUCUUAUGCUCAGCAGAAGUGCAUUUAAAUAAAUCAUCAGCUCAAGAUU